GCUUCCCCGAGCGCGGGAAGAGAACGCGGUGAGGGGACGCGAGUGCCCGCGCGUGUUGUGCGGUGCGAGGUGUGAGCCUGGUGUCGCCGUCAUGCUGCGGAGUCUCACCGUCGAGCAGGUGAACGAGUGGUUCACCAUUGGCAAAGACGUGACCGCCGUUGAGUUCUUAGGUGGGCGCGCGCAGGCUGCAGCCUCGCGUGGUUCACCUUGUCUCCCCAGCCCGUUCGCUGCGCAGGAGCCAUUGCGGCUGCCUAACCCUGAGAGAAGUGAAACUAAAUGUGCUGAAAAAUACAGACAAGUGGAGGCCCAAAAGCAAGAUGCAUCUGGAAAUGAUCAGCUUGUCUGUGAACAAGAUCCUUCAAUGCCUAAUUGUGAGCCAGAUGCUUGGAAUUCUAUACCAAUAACAACUAACCAUAAAUAUGCUUGUAUGCCUGUAGCCAGACACAGGGAAGAGCUCUUGUCUCUGAUCAAAAGCAAUUCAGUUGUGAUUAUACAAGGAGCAACGGGAAGUGGUAAGAGCACACAGGUUCCACAAUAUGUUCUGGAUUAUUGUGCUGAGCAAUCUGUCUACUGCAACAUUGCUGUUACCCAGCCUCGGAAAAUUGGUGCCAGCAGCAUUGCCAGGUGGAUUAGCAAGGAGCGAUCAUGGACACUGGGUGGAUUUGUAGGCUACCAGGUAGGCUUAGAGAACUUAUCCACAACGGAGACAAGGUUGCUGUACAUGACAACUGGAGUCCUUCUUCAGAAAGUGGUUAAUGCCAAAAGCCUAAUUGAAUUCACACACAUCUUCAUUGAUGAAGUGCAUGAGCGUACUGAAGAAAUGGAUUUUUUGCUCUUGGUAAUCCGUAAGCUGUUGCGUACAAAUUCACAAUCAGUAAAGAUCAUAUUAAUGUCUGCUACCAUCAACUGUGAAGAAAUUGCUGAUUAUUUUGCAGUUCCAACUCAAAACGGUCUGAAUCCAGCCUGCAUUUUUAAGGUGGAAGGCAAACCUUAUGCUGUUGAAGAAUAUUAUCUUGAUGAUUUGAAGCACAUUGUUCAUUUUCAGCUUCCUUCUCAAAGAAUUGAUAAGCCAAUGAUAGGAAAGGAAAUAUACGAGGUAGCAGUGUCUUUGAUUCAGUCAUUUGAUGAGUUGGAGAUGCAGUGCAAUGGGGAGAGUUUUACACCAGACCGUGGAAGUGUACUUGUGUUUUUACCAGGUUUCAGUGAAAUAAGCUACAUGCACUCACGUCUCACACGUAUGUUUAACAAAAAGUGGCAGGUGUACCCUCUCCACUCACGAGUCUCCUUAGAAGAACAAAAUAAUGUAUUUUUGAAUCCAGUUCCUGGCUACAGAAAAGUUAUUCUAUCUACAAACAUAGCUGAGAGCUCUGUAACAGUUCCUGAUGUUAAGUAUGUGAUAGAUUUCUGCUUAACUAGAACUUUGUUCUGUGAUGAGGAAACUAAUUAUCAAAGUUUGAGACUUUGCUGGGCAUCUAAAUCAAACUGUUAUCAAAGAAGAGGUCGUGCUGGACGUGUUUCCAAUGGAUAUUGUUACAGGCUUGUACAUAAGGACUUCUGGACAGAUUGUAUUCCAGAGAAAUCACUACCUGAGAUGCUGACUUGUCCACUGGGAACUACAGUAUUAAAAAUAAAAAAGCUUGAUAUGGGAGAGCCAAAAGCUUUGUUGGCAACAGCUCUUUCUCCACCCAACAUAAGUGACAUUGAACGUACCAUACUUCAUCUGAAAGAGCUAGGAGCACUUACAGCUUGUGUGCAAGCAGAAGAAAAUCUACGUGAUGGUGAGCUGACUUUCUUAGGAAAUGUAUUGGUACAUUUGCCAGUGGAUCUGCAUCUUGGAAAAUUGAUCGUCCUUGGGCAUGUCUUUGGAUGUUUAGAAGAAUGCCUUAUUAUAGCUGCAGCACUCUCUUUGCAGAACUUUUUUGUAGAGCCUUUCAAGCAGCCUAUUGAUGGAUACAGAGACUUUGAAUUACUGGAAGACAUGGAAAUACUGAAAGUCUUACAGAAGGCCCCAUGGGGUGCUGGAACAUAUGUGGGGAAGGGCUUAGAGGCGUGGCAGAUGUGCAGACAGAAUGGGGACCUGAGACAUCCCAAGGAUGAGCUUGAGUGGGGUCAAUUAAAUUAUGUUCAUAUCAAGAAAGUCAGAGAGGUGGCAGAGUUAGUUGAGCUUCUGAAAGAAAGAGUCAAACAAUUUAACAUGCAUGUUAAUACUCAGCUGUCUGCGAUGGAUCAGGAGUAUGCAUAUAAACAACAUUUCAUUUUGCAGGUUGUAAUGGCUGGUGCUUUCUAUCCAAACUACUUCUCUUUUCAAAAAUGUAAUGAACAAGGUGCAGUGAGGGAGCUUGGUGGCAAAGAUCCAAAAACCACCGUGUUGCUGAAGAAUAUUCCUCCCUAUGGUUAUCUAUACCAUAAUCAGUUGCAGUCACAGUUUAGACAGUGUGGACAAGUAAAAUCUGUUACGUAUGAUGGAUCAAGGGCUUUAGUAGAGUUUUCCCAUAACCCCGUGGAGGGUUUAAAGGUUCUUCCUGCAGUGUACAUGUCAAUCAAAAUGUCACAGCUGAAAAUUCCUCUUGAACUGGAUGUUCAUUAUCCAGAUGAUAUCAAAAAGGAGUUGCAACAUGUGACAGUUACAAGCAUGGACUCUUUAAGAGUGAAUGUGGACUAUCAGAAGCAGACAGUGGAGCCUGUAGAAGUCUCAUUUGGUACUUCACAGCUGUUAAAGAUGAUUCCGAAUCGUCUUCUGUCCAUCAGUGUAACAGAGAUAGUAGAAGUUGGACACUUCUGGGGGUACAGGAUAGAUGAAAAAAAUAGGUCUGUACUCCAGACUCUGACUGCUGAGUUGAACUACCAGAACUUGACAGAUCUGUCAAUAUCUCCACAUCCAGAGUUGGUUUGUCUAGCACCAUUCACUCGUCUUGAAAACACAGGAUACUACAGAGCUCGUAUUCUUUAUGUUUCUGGAGAUUUUGCAGAGGUUUUUUUUGUAGAUUAUGGUGAUAGGUCAAAAGUGCCUUUAAAAAAACUGAAAGAGAUUCCAAGCAGCCUUCGAGAGCUUCCUUUCCAGGCUUUGGAAUUCAAGAUAUGCAAGAUGCGACCAUCUGCGAAAUCUCUUGUAUGUGGGGAACGGUGGAGUCACAGUGCUAGCCAGAGGUUUGCCUCGCUAGUAAACGGUUAUACUCUUCUAGUUGAGGUGUUUUCACUUGUGCAUAGUGCUCUGCAUGUAGAUGCUUUCCACUACACAAGACACAGGGACCUUGUGAAUAUCCGAGAUGUGCUAAUUGAAGAGCAUUAUGCUGAACUAGCAGAAGAGUCGUAUGAAUCACAGCAAAGCCAUGAUUUGCUGAAAGGAUUUUUUUUUAAUGGAGUAGAGGAAAAAGAGAAAACAUCUACUUCUUCAAGAGAGAAAGAAAAGGAUCUCAUUGAAAGGUUAUUAAAGUGGUUUUCUGACAACAAAUCUGAUGCACCAACCCAUAAGGUGACAGUUAGUGGCCCGUUCAGUCCUUAUGAGGUGAAAUGCCAUGGUAUGACCCGGGUAUCCCAGUUCAGAAAUGCUGUUGUGCGAAAGGGAAGCAUAAACUCCGUUGUUGUCCAAGAUGCUCCAGAACACUCCUUUGAGCAAUUUCUGGUUGCUGCGUUUUUAUCGUUAAAUGAAAAUGGAUCUACCAUGUUUUUAGAGGAAACAUCUUUGAUGCCUCCAAUUCCUGGCCUACUUGCUCUCCUUAGUAUGCUGUUUGCUCCUGCCAUAGAACUUAGGGUUGAUAAAGCUUGCAAGUGUUUUACUGGUGCUCUGUGUGGUUUGGGUUGGAGUCAGACUUGUAGGGCUCCGCUGCUUCCAGAAAAUGACAUGGAGCUGACAUUUGAUGUGCAUUUUGAUGUAGAUGACAUAUUGGAGAUCAACAUCCUAAGGGCAGCCAUUAAUAAGCUGCUCUUUGAAUGUGCAGUGUGCUCUGGAAAAGAGAAGAUGCCACAGCUGCAGGAAAGUGUUCGUCAGUUACUUCUACGUUUGAUCUGCAAACCAAGAGCUGGAGUUGUUCCUAAGUGGUAUGAGAAGCCAUAUGCAUGGAAUCAAGUGGAUUCACAUUAUAUUAUUGACCAAUCUGAAAAGAAGCAUAAAAGAGGAAGCGGUCUUUAUCAGCUGCAUCAGCUUGUUAUGUUGAAUGUUUAAGUAUUGCUGAAGUCUUUCAGAGGAAGAAAUAAUACAGCCAGUUUAGAAAUGUUCUGUCUUCUAUAUAGAACUGUUAGAUGUUUGUUUCACAGGAUUGUUCUUUAAGAUUGAUGGAUCAAAACAUAGUUUGGCAUAUUUGUAUUUUAAAAGCAGAAGUAUAGUGACUUCAAGCAGAUACACUUAUUUCAUAGAGCAGUAUACAAUUUUCUGUUUAAUAAUAAUUCUGAACUGGUUUAUCACAAUGCAUGUGAAAGACAAAAUAAGUUAGCUUUAAUUGUUCAUUUUCUGUCUGAAAGCUCAUGGCCAUGGGUUAUGAUUCAGUCUUGCAGUUCAAAGUUGCAUUUUCUUAUUCUUUUUGUCAUUACUUUAUUUUUUUUUUUAAACUAAAAGCUUGAGAUCAAAGGAAGCUGAAUAUUUAGGUUGUAUUCCAAUCAAAAGUAUAACUUUAUAUGUUACGUGCAAUCUUUCAUUAUUUUUUUACAACAAAACAUAAUGCAUGGUUCCUUUUCCUUUGUGGCAGAAGAAUGCCUUUGAAUUACUGAUUAUUAUUAUUACUUUUCGUGAGAUCUUUAGCUCUAAAAAUGAGGUCAGUGGUUUCAGAAUAAAACGUAGAAGUGAAAUAAAAUGGGUUUAUCUGUUCUGUUGUGCAGUCGUGCUUAAUAAAAACUAAAUUUAGUUACUAAUGC